CAGCAACUGGCUCUUACAUAUUGUAGUAUUUUCGAACAUUCUUGCUUCCCUAUACACCAACACACUGUGCAUAGGCGGCCCAAAGUUGACCGAGGUUGACCUACUGCAAGAUGGAGACAUAGCAAGCUUUCUUGGACAUCGCGUGACACGAUGUUUUCGUUUCUCUUAGCAAAAGAUCGAUGGAAAUGGGAUCCUGCAAACGGAGUCCCAACGAAGAAGGUUAUCAAGCUGCAGCGGCAGACGCUGCGGUCCGGAAGCGCAGAUGUGAAGAGGCGCUUGCUAGGCCAUAUCGGGGACCUGGCAAAGGCCAACAGGGAGAUUCAAGGCGUUUUUUGUGAUGGAAAAGUUACCGCCGAUGUAUCUCGGUGCUUCCUGGCGGACGCUGCUCCGGUUCAAGAGGCCGCCGCCGAAGCGCUAACCGCGCUGUGUCAGAUGGACCCCGCGAACUGCGAAGCGACCAUCAGCGCGCACCAGGCAGGCCGCGGCGGCAACCUGCACGUCAUACCGCACGCGCUAAAGCUCAUCCAGUCCUACGAAAAAGCACCUGGCCUGGCCACAGCCGCUGCCAACUUGCUAAACGUGUUGGCGGCUACAGCCCCUGACCGAGGCGCACCGGGGCUCUGGACUAUCAGCUGGGGCGCAGGAGCAUGCGGCGGUGGUACGGCAUGCGCUUAGUCUAUUGGAGCUUAUCACUUCGCAGGUUCCCGCCCAGCGGCUGCCCUUCCUGGAGGCGGACGGCGUGCGGCGCCUGCUGGAGGCCCUGCGCGACCAGGCGCUGCCCUGGUCGGUGCGCCUGCACGCGGUCACAGCGCUGCAGGCGGCCGCCGCCUCCCCCAACGUGACUGCCGAGCUGGUCAAGGCGGGCGGCCUGGCGGCGGUGUUCACAAUGGUGGAUGCGUUUGUGAGCGGGCGGCAGGUGCCGGGAGCUCUAGGCGCUACCACCACUCCCCCACGCGGCAUUGCCCUGGCAGGCGCUGCAGGCGCCUCGUCCUCUAUGGCCGGUGCCGCAGCUGCCUCCCCCUUCAGCCCUGCCGGCGCCGCUCUCUCCCCCCUGAGCAGCUCCCUGGGUUCCCCCAGCGGCCCGGGCGGCGCGGCGGAGGAGCCUGAGCCGCGCAUUGUGGAGGUUGUGGAGGAGCUGCUGCGGCUGGUGGACGCGGUGGCGGCCAGCCCGGACGCCCCCGCGGUGCUGGAGGGCAACCGGCUGUCGGUGCUCAUGGCGGCGUUCAACAGCGGAAUGCCCAACUUCCAGGGCGGGGGAUACCGGGUGGCGGCGGAGUGCGCACAGGUUCUCUUCCGGCUCUCCCUGCACAGCGCCGGUGCGCUGCUGUCGUCGCUGUCCGGCCCCCACGUGACGGGUCCGCUGGCUGCGCUUGUGCGGCGCGGGAAGGACUACGCCACGGCAGCGGACGCCAAGCAGGCGCAGGUGCUGUAUGGAGCCUGGUGCGCGGCAGGGCUGCUGUGCCAGGUAUUGGACGCCAAGCGGACGCAGGGGAGGGUGCAGGAGGUGCUGCAUGGGGACGUGCUGAGGUGUGCAGUGGAGCUGCUGGACGGGUCGGCGCCGGCGCUGCUGGCUGCAGUGGGUGUGCUGCCGCCGCCGUCCGGUGGCGGUGAGGGCUCACUCGCGGCACAAGCAGUGGGACUUGCCGGCCUGGUCUUCCUGUCCACGGAGCGGGUGACGGCCGCGCUGUGUGCCGCCGCCUCGCGGCUGCUGUCGCUGCUGAUGGAGCUGGCGCGUGACAUGGCCAACCAGCAGGCGCUCAGGGGCAUGGGCGCAGCGAAGGCCGCACAGCAGCUGCUGAGCUGGCAGCAGGUGCAGUGGUCCGCCAAGCGGCUGCUGCACCUCAUGGGCAUCAUGGAGGCGGAGUACCAGCCAUUCGUGCGCUACGGCGGCCCGCUGCUGGCGGCGCUGCUGGGCAGCCAGGGCGUCAGCGCGGCGCCCUUCCUGGCCCGGGGCGUGGAUGCGCACAUACUGCUGGGGCUGGACGAUCACUACCUGCGCACGCAGCUGGGGCUGGAUGAGGUGGCGGUGCUCAAGGUGGCGCGCAUCCGCUCCGCCUACUCGCUGUUCGCCGCCAUGGACGCGGAGGACGGCCGCAUGGACGGCUGCGUGAGCGCCGCCGACGUGGAGACCUACAUGCAGAACAGGGCCAACAUGCGGCUCAACACGGCGGUGGACCUGAGGGAGCGGCUGUUCAUGGAACUCAAGGUGCUGCCCGGCGAGCCGAUCUGCUUCAUGCAGUUCGUGAACUGCUUCCCCUGGCUCGACGCGGAGCUGCAGGCCUUCAUGCCGCACCGCUUGUCGCCAGCCGGGCCCGCAGACGCCAGCAGGGACCCGUACGCGGUGCAAUCCACCAAGAGGCGGCGUGUGGGGGAUGCGUAUGGGGGUGGUGGUGCUGGGGGCAGCGGGAGUGCAGCCGCGGGACGAGCCGGGGGGGCGCAAGUCAUUGAGGUGGAUUGAGCGGAGUGCCGGCCUGGGCAGGGGCGGGUUAUAGGGUUUGCAUGAUGCUUAGGGACCCUGUGAGGGGGCCUGCAACUGGUUAUUCGGUCACAACAACCCCACGUCGAUACGGCUUUGCCCGGAGCGCUUUCACAAGGGCCUGAGCUAGACCUUGUUGCCCGGACGAUCUGGUUGUUGCCGAGGGGCGGUUUGGUAGUCAACGCUUGUUGGCGGUUGCCGUCGUCGUGCGCCAACAUGAGAAGCUUGUAUGGUUGGCUUGUGCUACCUUAUCAUCAGGAAGGCGGAGGGCGGGGGCAGGUUGCAUUGCAUGGCUCAUACUGACAGCAGCGAGGGAAGGACGCUGAGGGGCGGGUGGGCGGGCUGCCACCAAGCCUGGCCCGACAGCCUAGAACUUGCACUAGGACUCUUCAGUUGUCAUCUGACCCGGAUUGUCCUUAUGCCGUUAAGCGCGUGUGCGGCAACUGCACCCGCAUAUGUUUGUUUGGAGUAUGGGUGUUACCCAUGUGUUCACUGGGUGGAUAAUGAAUGAGUUGGGCCCCACGCUAUCUGCUGUUGGAUGAUGCCCAUGUAGUGUGUACAUACGAGUGUUUCAUCAAGAGCGUGUGUGGCUGUGUGUGUUUUUGGUACGCGGCAGCUAAAGCGUCAUGACUAGCGCUGUCUGCUGCUGGCGGCGUACUGGUGUAUACCUUGAGUGCAUGGUAGAGAUUUACUGAACAGGCUUCCUUGCAUGUUGGAUGGGAUCCGGUUUUCCCCUCCAAGUAGAGUCAAACCCAUACCGGUACCCUUGCUGCUUUACACCACAAUCGUGUUUAUAAGGAAAUGCCACCAGUUGGCUUAACAAGGGUGUAAACAGUAAUGCAAG